AUGGCGGGCGGACGGGACGGGCCUGGGUUAUGUAGGUGUAGUUUUGCACUCCCCUGUAGCAUGUACAUUGUAAAAGGCCCCGGUUGGGUGGUUGGGACGGGCCUGGGAUAUUUUUCACUCUCAUGGAAUCAGGAAGCUCGAUGCUAUCCUGUGCCCGUGAGUCCAGGUGAGAAUAGUGUUCAAGAAGUGACAAAUAAAGCACUUUCUUUUUUGGCCUCGCGCGAGGCCUACACAUCAGGUUUCCUGGUGUUGACCCUGCUGUCACUUCGAGAACAGUUUUCUUUUCUCCUCUACGCACUCCUGUCUCCCAUUCCGCUGUUCAUGGUCUGGAAGGGGCUGCGCGUGUUUGUUCUGGAGAAGUUGGGUGAAUGGAUGAUUGGAUGGGGCCUGGGUGCAAGGAUCCCAGUGUCAUCUGCUCAAACGACCACUUCGGCACAGCAGCCUUUUCCACGACAGAACUGGAAUGGUGGGAGGUUUGGUCGCCAACACGAUGUACUUGACGACGACCUCGACUUCGAUGACGACGACCUCGACUUCGACGACGACAACACCCCCGACGACGACCUUGACGGUGAACUCAACGAUGACAGCGACUUCCACCAUGACUACAACAACACCGACCACGACAACGCCCUCACGAUGCCCUCGAAAAGGCAACGAAUUCGACAGGCCUCGGUUGGGUGGCAGGGACGGGCCUGGGUCCUCAACGACAACGACAACGAGGACGACGACGACGACGACGACAACAACAACAACGACAACUCCGACAACACCUCACAACAGCAACCUCACGACAUCAACUUCACGACACCGACCCCAUACAAUAUCGACAUCGUGAUACCGACUUCAUGACCCCGACAUUGCGACAUUGACACUGACGACGACCUAGAAAAUGCAACAGAAUCGGCAGGCCUCGGUUGGGUGGUAGGGACGGGCCUGGGUCCUUGACAACGCCCUCGACGAUAACACCCUAACGAAGGACUCAACUUCAACGACAAUGACAAAACUCGACGACAACACGACACCAUUACGACGACAACGAUGACGGCAAGGCAACGAAAUUG